AUGGCCCCGGAAAGCAUCACAAAAACCGUCUUCAUGAUCUACCGAACACCGAAGUUUUGCCAAACCGUUGGUGAAAUGUAUAGUUUUGAUAGGCCUUCAAAUUCAAAACAGCCAAAUCCGAUGAGGCCCAAGGUUGUACUCCAGCGCAAUAUUUGGUCGUUCACUGUGGAAGCUAUUAUGGAGUACUGUCGAAUAUCCUUCGAUCUUUUUUCUAGUUCUAAGCCAAUUUCUCUUUUAUCUAUUGAUGCGGAGGAAAAAAUACUUUCUUUGUGGUAUGAAAAUGAUCAAUGCCUGGAAGCCGUUUGGAAAGCAUUUUCCACAGAAGCAGUUUCGACAUCGUUUUUGGAUCUUAAUUCAUCCGGUCUUCCUGGAUUAUUUUCGUCGACAAAUGUUCUUCAAUUACCCUGUCGAGGACAAGCACCAGGCUCGGGAAUCGGUAACAUUGGACGUGUAAUUGUUUUUGGUUCGGGUUUGCUUCGAAAAUUUUCUGGUUGGCUGCCUGGCCUCGUCGAGCAACUGGCACAGCCACCCCAGGAAGCUGGAUACCUACCAAUCGACAGUAGCGAAUGGUUCUUCUUGGACAUUGACUACCCCACUUCUACCGGCUCGGCGGUCGAAGAAAUUGAUCUGAUUUCCGGUGGACCGCAUACGGCACUUUACUUAAAGGUGCCCAUGAACAAUAGUCGAGCAAUCUUUCGAGCCGUAAUGCGUCUAGCAGAGCGUAAUCUCAACUUGGCCAGCACUCUCGUGCAAGAGAUUCCAAUGAAGGAAGAGGCCAACGUCUCCUCCAGUUCCUCAAUGUAUGGCGUCGAGCUGUUGCACGAGGCGAGGGCGCAUGAAUUCUUGAAGAGCUUAGAUCUAGCCGACCGGCUUUACGUUCGCCCACAAACAGGGGAAACGGGAUUUCAAGAGCCGCCGUCUGGGCUGUCCAAGACUCUCGGAAUUAAUUGGGUAACCCCUAGAGCUACUGAUAACCUAUUGGUUCGCUACAGCAUUGGAGCAUUUAGAGUGACCAUGGCCGCUGUAAACAAUCGGGCCUCCAUUUGUUUGGCGCAGUUCGUUUUAGGAGGCAGAUGCGUUGUCUUGGCGCACAAACAAUACUGCGGGCCACCAGUCCCCGACGGCUCUCAAUCGCCCGGUGACGUCUUCCUUCUUCUCUGUCACGGCUCGGUGAUGUAUUUGCAUGUAUUGGCCGCAGCAGCACCCCUCUCACACUCACCGGUUUUACCCGUCGCCGCCAACCUACCUCAGGCACCAGAGGAUCACUAUCGACUUGCUGCCUUCAUUAAAAACUUCCUCCGUCCCGCCUGUCUUGCCCCUGCCUCUGUCAGUUCAAACUAUCCGGUCGCACCCAAAAUCAGUGGAAUGGUGCCACAGUUCUUGGUGAUAUCGAGUAGAGUGGCGAAUGAAGCUCCUUCAGAUUUGGUCUGUAGCCUGCCCGUGGCAAUGGCACUGGAAUUGGAUUACCUCCUCCUACAAUAUGCGGAUCUUUCGGUGGAGCAUAGCCUUCUAUCCACUGAUCUAAGAAAGAGGUUGGAUUCCAUCAGUCUGGCUAACAAACGCUUAUCUAAACUCGUUCAAAAGGCUACUAACCUCUUGGUUAGUGGAAACGCUACACCCGGAAGCCCUCUUCAACAGCUCACUGAAAUUGCACGGAAGUUAGCAACGUCGCAGCCCAAUCCAAGUUCUGUUACCUCUUCGGUUUCAGAUAGCAAAAUUACCUUUGGAGGCAAUUCUGGCUCGAACAUUACAUUUGCAUCCUGUCCCAUUGAUACUUUCAUGCAGCACCUGACUGCAAUGUCACGAAAACCGGUUCCCAGCCGCCCGGAGUUCGCUGGAGUGUUAGCUGCAGGCAAUUCAAAGGGACCACUACCUCUCUACACUGGAUUGAAAGGGGAGGAUAAUUAA